CGGUGCAGCCCCCACUCUCCCGUGCUCUCCGGCCAUGAACAGCUCGGCAGCGGGCUGGCAGCCCGAGGCGGUGCUCAUCCCGCUCGCGUACCUCCUCAUCUUCCUCAUCGGCACCGUGGGCAACUGCCUGGUCCUGGCCGUGCUGCUGCGCAACGGGCAGGUGAAGAACACCACCAACCUCUUCAUCCUCAACCUGGGGGUGGCCGACCUCUGCUUCAUCCUCUUCUGUGUCCCCUUCCAAGCCACCAUCUACACCCUGGAAGGGUGGGUGUUUGGGCCCUUCAUGUGCAAGGCUGUCCACUUCUUCAUCUUCCUCACCAUGUAUGCCAGCAGCUUCACCCUGGCCACAGUCUCCCUUGACAGGUACUUGGCCAUCCGCUACCCCCUGCACUCGAGGGAGCUGAGGACACCCAGGAAUGCCCUCACGGCCAUCUGCUUCAUCUGGGGGCUUUCCUUCAUCUUCUCGGGCCCUUACCUCAGCUACUACCAGGAGUUCCAGCUGGCCAACCUGACUGUCUGCCACCCUAUCUGGGAGAUCUCUCAGCGCAAGGUCAUGGACAUCUGCACCUUCAUCUUCAGCUACAUCAUCCCGGUGCUGAUCCUGAGCCUCACCUAUGUGCGGACUAUUCACUACCUGUGGAGGUCCGUGGACCCUCUCCACGACAUGUCAGAGUCCAAGAAGGCCAAGCAGAAGGUCACCAGGAUGAUCAUCAUUGUAGCUGUCCUGUUCUGCCUCUGUUGGCUGCCCCAUCACCUGCUCAUCCUCUGCGUCUGGUUCGGGUACUUCCCCCUCAAUCACGCCACGUACGUGCUCCGCAUCCUCUCUCAUCUCAUCUCUUAUGCCAACUCCUGCGUGAACCCCAUCGUCUACGCCCUGGUCUCCAAACACUUCCGCAAGGGCUUUAAGAAGAUCUUCAUCUGCCUCCUGCACCAGAAGGCAGCCCACAAGGUGCACGUGGCCCAAGUGACGAACACGGUCAGCACACUGGAGGCAGAGCUCAGCGAGGUGACCCGCGCCGGCCGCUCCUCCCUGCGCUGCGCGGGCCCAGCCCUGGGGGAAAGCGGAGCUGGUGGGACAGCAGCAGGAAGCUGAUGGCUCCUUCAUCACCUCCAGCGUCACCUAGCAGAGCUUCUUCCCACCCCAUGGCUUUGCAGUGUCCUGCAGCAUCACAGGCCUGGGCAUGGGCUACGUUUUGGGUUGAAAUGCAUCAAAACAUCCCUUUUUCAUUCAAAUGCACCCAGAUACCGUAACUGUUAAACUGAUACUGCUGACUACAGACUCAGCCAAGCAACCAACCAGGGAUCCAAGGGCAGGAUUUGCUUCCACCAUGCACUUGCUGAGAGCAGAGAGAUCAAACGCUCAUGUGUUUCAUGUGUUCCUCUGUUACCGAUGGACUUACACCCUGUUGCAUCUACACAUGGAGCCUAUUUAAAGCUCUGCUCCCUCCAACCAACACAGCUUCUGGCUGGAUGCACUUUUAGGGACAUUUGGGAAGUCUUGGUUCAUUUUUGCUCCAGUUCAGCAGCUGAGUCCCAGGGAACCACCGGCCUGGGACUCAGCCACAUGGGCAAACACGGGGCUCAGGUAGGAAAAUCCAGGAGAGAAGCAUAGAAAUCAGGACAGAAACCUUCCCGGUGCAGCCAGUGCUGGCUGGGCUGUCACAGCUCCUUGGGGCUUGUGGCUUGGAGAGGUUUCCCCAUGGCUGGAAGCUGGAACAUGUAUCCAUAGCCCAAGGACAGAGUCCAAGAGCACAGGGCACCCCCACUCUGUGCUGCUGCUCUCCAUGGCUCAUCCCGGCCAUUUUGGUGCAGGCGAGGCUCUAGCUCUGCAGACCAUCCAGAGGUCACCAAAGACCUUCUUUGGUCACCACCGAAGAAGGGGGGUGGGAGGCUGUUUGUUGGGGGAGCACAGCCAGGCUCCAUGGGAGAGGUUGUGCUGCCAGGGGAAGGGGAGCAGGACAUCAAUGGGUCAGCAUUGCAGACCCAGCAAGGUGCUUGUGGAGGAGAGAAAAGCUUUCCUGGGGCCAUGGUGUGGGGCUGGACAAAUGGGGCUGUGUGGGGGACCCCAGGCAGCCAGGGAAGCCUCAAUAAAGCCCUU